AUGGAAAUCGGCCCUGCUUCGUUGCUGGAACUAAACAGUACACAUGUGGAACGAAGCACAGAGGAGGCAGCAGAAGCCAUUUCUCCUGUUCCUACUCUCCUGCCUCCAUCGGGAUAUGCCAUUCUGUCAUUCUGGAUGUUCCUCAUCACUGUGUUCUCUGUUUUUAAUAACUCACUGGUCAUCUUGGUCAUGUUUCGGAACCGCCUCCUCUUCUUCUCCAUGAACAUGCUCAUCCUAAGCCUGGCCAUCUCUGACCUACUCAUGACCCUCUGCGGAUCAGCCAUCGCCACGGUUACCAACUACUAUGGUCAGUUCUUCAUGGGCAGAGAACUCUGCAUGUUCCAGGGAUUCACUGUCAAUUACUUUGGCCUCGUCUCCCUCUGCACACUAACCUUGCUGGCCUAUGAGCGCUAUAAUAUAGUGUGCAAGCCCAUGGGCACUUUCAAGGUCACCACCUGGCGUAGUACUAAAGGUCUUCUGUUGGUGUGGCUCCACUGUCUGUUCUGGGCUGCAGCGCCCCUGCUGGGGUGGAGCUCCUAUGGGCCCGAGGGAGUCCAAACCUCUUGCUCCCUGGCCUGGGAGGAGCGCACCACAGUCAGUUACAGCUACCUGAUCCCUUACUGGUUCUUUUGCUUCUUAUUGCCCACUGGGAUUAUCGUCUACUGCUACUGCCACAUACUAAUCUCCAUGAAGAAGCUGAACCUGAGUGUGGAGAGUCAGGGAGGAAGGUCCCGGCACCUUGAGAACAGACGGGCCACGUGCAUGGUGGCGGCCAUGAUUGGUUCCUUCUUCUUCUGCUGGCUGCCCUAUGCUAUUGUCUCCAUACUUGUGAUCCUCAUACCAGACCUCCACAUAUCUCCACUUCUUGCUUCUAUGCCUGCCUACUUGGCUAAAACCAGCCCCAUCUACAACCCCAUCAUCUUCUUCCUGGCCAACAGGCAGUUCCGAUACAGUGCCCUGCAGAUUGUACUGUGUGGCUGUUAUACUCCGACAUCCACCAUGCCAGACAACAGUGAAAUGUCGGCAGUGGAGGAAGGUCCCAGACGUCUGUCACCCAACAGCGUACAGCCUGAACAGCACACAGCCUGA